ACACCAUAAGAAACAUAGACGAUUCAGGCCAGCUAAAUACCUGAGAAGAGGUAAGAUUGGCAAAGCUUUGGCAGAUGGUGUCAGCCAUUACUAUUACUCAAUGUUGAAGCAAACACCCACUGAACAAAUUAUGGCCGGGAACAUGACAAAAAGCCUAACCAAAGAUGUACUGAAAAAAAUAUCGUCCGAGUUGAAUAAGAGUACAAGGCUCCAUGAUGACAUUAUGCUUGAACUCAUGUUAACUCAAAAAUUAAUUAAAGAAACAAGUUCUCAAGCAUCAUCAAAAGGUUACUUUCAGCACCUUCAAAUAGAUCCAUUUGCAGUACACCUAUACACAGACAUUGGAUUAAGGAUUUUGGCACAACAUCUAAGGCAGUCAUCACCUGUUACCCUCCACCUUGAUGCAACAGGCAGCGUAGUGCAGAAAAUCCCAGACCAAGACAAGCAAGUUUUAUAUUAUGCUUUAGUUUUGCCAGGCAUGGGCAAGGAUAAACCUCCUUUGCCUGUCACGGAACUGAUCACCAACAGCCAUAGUAUUCCUUCCAUUUCUCACUGGCUAAUGGAAUUCAAAAGGAAACUGUCACACAAAACAAAAAUACAAAUUUCACAGGUUGAGACAGACUACAGUUGGGCUCUGAUUAAUAGCGUGCUUAUAUCUUUCAACAAGGAAGAUAUUUCUGUGUACCUUGCCAGAGCAUUUAACAUUGUGCAUGGACGCACUACUGGUAUGACAAACUUCACUGUGUUGCAUCUGUGCUCUGCCCAUAUAGUUAAGGCUGUGACACAAGCAUUUGGCAGAAAAACAUCAGACCGAGGCAUACAGGAGUAUGCAACAUUCUGCUUUGCAUACCUACUCAACUGCCAAAGUAUGCAGCUCGCCAUUGAGGUGUUUUAUAACAUGUGUGUUCUCUUUGAUGCAAAAGAAUGUACCCAUUUGGUAAAAACAAGCCAAACCUACCUCAACAGCUGCAUUUCACAAAGCAAGAAAAACAAGGAUGGAGAAAGUCAAUAUGUAUCAGAAGCUGAGGAAAUGAUCACUGAUAAAAGUAAUAGCAUUGUUGGAACAUCACCUUUCACACAUACUUUUCAAGUGAUACGGGACCAAGCAGAGUGUGACUUUCUGUCUGAUGAUUCAGCCAACAUUAAAAACCAUUACUUUUGUCCUGGUAUAAUUGAUGUUCUGCUGAAAAACUACAUGGGGAUCAUCCCACUGUGGAGUGGUUUGUUGCUUGGAGAUCUGACACGACAUGAGACACCAACAACUGGUGAAACAAACAAAACUUGCAAAACCAGAGAAACAAACUGCCAUGUGGAGCUAUGGUUUGGUUUGGUGAAACGAAACAUCCUGGGAAAGAAGAAGUACCUCAGACCAGCAGAGUUCAUCUCCAAAAUGUUUUCCUCUUUACAAGGACGAUAUGUAGAGCACAUUAUGCAGCAUGGUCUUCCAAUGAAAGUUCUUGACAAAGCCUUCACAGUUUCUAACAAACCUGUAGAUGAUCAUGAAGAGAAAUGGAAGAAGAGGGAAAGUUCUGCUGGUCAAUCUAAGUCCAAGUCCAAGUACUUCAAUCCCCCGAAGAGAAUACAAAAUCCUAAACCUUCACAACACACUAAAACAAAGAUCAAAGGAGCAGAUGCCGAUCAGCAUAAUAAAGAAUCACAGUUAACUCAGCUUUGGAAAAAGAGUGAUACAGAAGUUGUUGUUGCAGUUGUCCCUUCACAAAUUAAGGGUCGGAGCUUUGUCAUCCACCAUUCAGAGCUGUGCUCUCUUCGUCCACAUCAGUGGUUGAAUGGGGAGAUCAUUGAAAGCCUGUUUCAUGUGGCUGCCCAUGCAUCGGGAGUGGUGGACACCAUUUACAUCCUCAGUCACUACACAGCUGGUGUGAUUUUGUUUGGGGACAGAACAGAGCUUCCUCGCCAAAGUUUACCUAGGGUGAACUUUGACAACUAUGAAGCAGUUCUAUCUUUUGUGCUGGUGAACAACAACCACUGGAAGUUGCUGUACAUCAAUACAAAUGCCAGCACAGUAUUCCUAAUGGAUCCUGCACAACUGUCAUCAGAGCUCGAGGACUCCAAAAAUGCAGCUAAAAGAAUACAGGAAUACUUCAAGAUGAGAAGGACAUGCCAUGGGAAAACAGAUUGGGUUGGGAUCCGAUGGAAAGGGGGGGCUAUGAGACACCCCAUUCAACAAGAUGGAAGCAGCUGUGGAGUCAUUGUAGUGAAAAUGGCGAAAGCACUGAUGGAGGCCUUUCCUCUUAUGCCAGAUGUGGAAUUUGACACCACCAAAAAGGCAAUGAAAGAUGAAAGAAAAGCUCUGGGUCUUCAUAUCCUUGAAGCAUCAGUGUUCGAUGACCAGACUUGCUGUGCAAUGUGUGCUGCCUACAAGCCCCCAGUUUCGGGACCUCAAAUGACAGACUGGAUCCAGUGCGACAGGUGUGACAAAUGGUUUCAUGCCCUGUGCCUAGACAUCAAAAGCAACCAAUAUGAAAAGGCAAAGAGAGGCAGCUGGAAAUGUCUGUUGUGCACGUAAUAAAAAAAUCUUUCUACCCUGUUGAAUGUAGUUCAAAAGAAAUAAUUUGAAAUUAUAUGUAGAAAAUAAAACUGUACUUCGUUUCAA